UCUUGCCCACCGUUUGCUCUCCCCAAUCCUGCCCCCAAUCCUUCCAACCCACAAUUGCCCUCCCUGACAACUACACUCCUGCCCCCUCUCAACCCCUCAGAUAACCACCGUCCAAACCAAACCCGCUCACAGUUCACACCGACGCCAAAACACCAUGUCCGCCCAAGAACCCCUAGUCUUCGUAACCGGCAACGCCAACAAACUGCGCGAAGUGCAAGCGAUUCUCUCCCCCACCGGCCUCGCCGUCACCAAUCACAAGCUCGACCUCCCCGAACUCCAAGGCACAACGCAAACCGUCUCUCGCGAAAAAGCCCGGCAUGCCUGCGCGGUGCUCAACAAACCCGUGCUCACCGAAGACACCUCCCUCUGCUUCAAAGCCCUCAACGACCUGCCCGGGCCCUACAUCAAGUGGUUCAUGGAGGGUGUAGGCCACGACGGGCUGAACAGGAUGCUGGCGGGGUUUGAGGAUAAAUCAGCGGAUGCGGUGUGCACAUUUGCAUACUGUGAGCCUGGGCAGGAGCCGGUGAUUUUUGAGGGGAGGACGAGGGGGAGGAUCGUGCCGGCGAGGGGGCCGACGGAUUUUGGGUGGGAUGCGGUGUUUCAGCCGGAUGGGUUUGAGGAGACUUAUGCGGAGUUGAGGAAGGAGGUUAAGAAUACUAUUAGCCAUCGCUAUAGGGCGUUGCAGAAGGUGGUGGAGUUUUUGCAGAGUCGGAGGGCGUAGGUGGGCGGUUGAGAAGGUAGAUGGGACAGCGACCGGAUUAUAGACUGCCAUGGCGGUGUACAUAGCAAUCAAGAACUAUCUAUAUCUACAUCAGACAUCAGCAUCAGCAUCAGCAUCAGC